AUGGCGGAUGCUAUACUCCGCUUGGCGGAGGCAAAUCAGGAAACUCCGAAACACAAGGGUUCCGAGUCCAAUGUCAUCAUCAAAGAUGACAAUUUAAAAAAGCCGAUAACAAAAUCAUCUGCUUCUGGUACGGGAGAUAACUCAGCCACAACCUUAUGUAGUGAGUCGGAUGAUUUCAAAACGGCGAUCCUCUCCGAAGUACGCUGUUUAGCCUCAACUAUUGGUAACCUGAAAAACGAUAUGAAGAAUUCCAUUUCAAAGCUAAAGAGUCAAGUGAAUGACUUUAUCGACGGCGAUGGAAAAGAUAGUUAUUAUAACAUUGAUUACUUAAGCGAUUCAGACAUAGUCGAACCUUCUCAGGUCAAGGUCAGAGAACCGGAUGUAGACCCAGGUGCUUCGCUGGCUGAAAAUCUUUUUUCCGACGACGAGUCGGCAAAUGUAGAAACAAGUGACAGGAUUGAAGAAUACGACGUGGUCUCAGACCUAAGAUCCAACCUGACUAACGAAGAAGAAGUCGGAGCAAAGGUUGACGAUCGUUUAGCAGACAUAGUAUCGAACUCGUUUACGUACAAAACUAAACAGGACAUAGAUUCCAUCACAGAGAAAAUUAAGAAGUAUAAAAAACCGGCAAAUUGUCCGUCUUUAAAAACACAGGAAAUUAACAGGAUUAUGUGA